AUGGAUGAAUUGAUGGAAACUACCAAGGACGACCCUUUGGCGAUGUUGCAUCCAUCUGGAAAAUAUGUCAAGUCGAUAAUGCACUUUCAAGCACGUCUACAAAGAAAACAUGAACCCUUUCCUGGUCAAUCUGAGGAUGUUACCGGCUCGCCUUAUACUGAAGAACAAGUGGAGGUGCCAGACCAGUACAAAUGUUUUCUGUGCAAAGGGCUAUUGAGAGAUGCUGUUUUAGCCGCCUGUUGUGGGCAUAGCUUCUGUGCUGAAUGUUACCAACAACAGCUUCUGGCCAAUCCAUUGGAACAAUGCCCCGGUCCUGACUGCUCACAACAAAUCAGUGCGGAUUCUCUCAUUCCAAAUAAGAGUUUACGUGCAGCGAUUCAGAAAUAUUUGAACGAGCUCCAAACUGGUGGCGAAACAACAGAUCAACAAACAGGAGGAGUCAAUAAGCCAAGUGUGUUGACUGAUACGCAGUCACUUUUGCAUAAACUGAUGCCGGACUUGGCUCUAGCUCAAGCACAAAGAGAAUUGGCUACUACUACUGGACCGUCAGUAGCAGCAACAAACAUUCCAGCUUCAAUUGUACAACCGCCGCCUUCAAAGCCACCACCAAUUUUUAUUGGUUUGAAGAAUGCGUCUGAUCCUCUAACUUCAUCAACUGUCAAUGUAACAACACAGGAUACCAGUUCUUAUGUUACUGCUCCUGCCCUUUCUUCUCAACCUGCUUCAAUCAAUAACAUUCCAGCCGCGUCAACUGCUUCAUCGUUGCAAGGAGCUCCUCUUUUUCUACCACAAAUUCCAAUUUUUGAUCCAAAAAGGCCUCCUCCUCCUAUCAAUAUUCCAAUUUCUGCAGCUCAAAAUGUUCCAAUUACUCCUCCAAUUAUUUCUUCAUCUACACAUAUAACAGCUGAAAAUGGAUCCGUUAGUCAUGUUAGCACUUCAAUUAAUACAGCUCAACAAAAAGGUUUGGUUAGUGCGUCGCCUCUUUCUGCGCAGGAGUUAAGCUCAGUCUGGGAAAAUUUCUUGAAACGCAAAGACAAGGAUUCGGCAGCGAAAAGUAUUGUUGCCGCAGCAGCGUCUUCAGGGCAAAGUGGUGGUGGAUAUCCUUCUCUUCCCCCAAUGUCAAGCGCUUCUUCUGAUGCAGUUAUUCAGUCACAACAAAGAACGAGUGAAGGUUUAAAUACGGAAUUGCGACCGCCUGGUUCAGUUACUCCUGUUAGUACUACUGGAUUAGUUCCUCCCGGAAUUGGACAAGACCAUUCAAGCAUUAUUGGGUCUUCUAUCUCUUCAAAUUUGUUGGCAAAUAUUGGUGGUGUAAGGCCGUUGAAUCCUCCACUUGCAUCAAACAUUCCAUAUCAGUCAACAACUAUUCGACCUAUGGGUCCUCAUGUACCUGACAGUGAAAUAACUCAAGUUUGGCUUUCUUUCUUGCGAAUGAAGGACAGUCAACAACAAAAUCGUCAAUACAAGAAGCGGUACUCAAUUUCUCCAGAGAGAAGAACCCCAUCUCCUCAAGACCAGUUUUCUCGAAGAUCUCGAGCAGUUGGUGGUAACUAUCGUCGAAGUAAGCCUUAUUUCAAUCCUCGUCACCACGCUUUGGAAGAAAAAGAGGAAAGAAAUGGUGAAAAGGAUGAGAGAAGAGGAGGAAGAAAAACUGAAAGAAAAGAAGAAAGAGGUGAAAAGAAGGAAGAAAAGGAGAUGAAAGUGUCGAGGAAGGAUGAACGGAAAGAGGAGAGAAGAGAAAGGAAGGAACGAAAGGAAGAUGCAGAAAUGAAGGAAGAGAAAGAAGAUAAGAAAGAACAUAGGGAGGAUGCAGAAAUGGCUGAAGAAAGAAGAGAAAAGGAGGAAAAUGAAGAUAUAGAAAUGAAGGAUGUGAGAAAAGAAAAGAAGGAACUAGUGGAGAAUGUAGAAGUGAAGGAUGAAAAAGAAGAAGAAGGAAAAAAGAGGGAUGAGGAGAAGGAGGAUAGAGCUAAAGUAGGAAAAGAAGAAAAAUCUAGGGAAGUAAAAAAGGAGAAGGAGAGGAGGAGGGAAGAAAAGAAGGAAGAGAGGGAAGAGAAGAAGGAUAAAAGGGAAGAGAAGAGGGAGAAAGGGGAUGAGAAGAGAGAGAAAGGGGAUGAGAAGAGUGAUAAAAGGGAAGAGAAGGCAGAGAAAAGGGAAGAGAAGGCAAACAAAAGGGAAGAAAAAGAAGAAUUGAAGGAAGAAAGAGAAGAGCUAGUAAAAGAGAAGACAAAAAAUGGGGAUGAAGACAGCAAAAGAAAAAAGAAGAAGAAAAGCAAGAAGAGAAAAAAAGAAAAGGAAGAAGCAGAAAGAAAGAAUAGUGAUGAAAAGAGGAGGAAGAGGAAAGAAAGGGGAACAAAAAAGAAAGAAAAGAAGCAUGAAGAUGGAAAAGAAAAGGGAAGAAAGAAGGAAAAAGGACGAAAAAAAGAGAAGAAAGAUGAUUCGGAAAGAAGAAAAAAGAAGAGAAGAAAGAAGGAAAAUAGAAAAGAAAAUGAAGAAAAAGACUAUAGAGGAGAAAGAAAAAGAAAGGAACGAUCAUCAAAAAAGAAGGAAGAAGAAAGAAAACGUGGUGAAGUUGAAUAAAUUUGAAAAAGAAAAAUUUUUUUCUAAGUUUUGUGUUUUCUUUUUGGAUAUAAUUUGUGUGUGGUUGAUUUUAAAAAUUUAUUUAUAUAAUUUUUUUUAUAAAUGCCUUUUUUAAUCUUUUUUUUUGUUUAAAAUAUUUUUUUAAUUAUUCAUACCUAGAAAUUUUUUAGAUUUUAUUUUGUUUUUUUUUGAAUUUUUGUUUUAAAUUUUAAUUUUUUUUUGUUUUAAAAAAGAAGGAAGAGGAAAGAAAAGGGGGCAAAAAAGAAGGAAAUUUUUAUCCUUCAAUGGCUUAACUUUGGUACCCGUUUGAUAAAAGGUUCUCCGUAAUGGGUGAGCAAAGAGUUCCGGUAAUAGCCAAAGAAAAGAGUCCCGCAAAUUUUCAAAGGAAAAGGGUCCAGUAAUGGGUGAAAUGGGUCUGGUAAUGGAUGGAAGGAAGUGGUUACAGAAAUGUGCAAGAGAGAAGGGCCCGUCAAUGAACAAGAAAAAAUCUGCCAUUGUGCCUAAGAAAAGGUUCAACAAUUGUUUGAGAGGAUCCAUCAAUGGCGGAUAAAAAACACGUUGUUUGAACGUGUUAUGC